AAUUUUUUGAAAGUUGGUCAUCACUAAAAGUGACAUUUAAGGUUAUUACGUUUUGAAUGUUUUCAAUCGCUUUAAAACUUACAAAUAAUCGCCUUUUCGACCAAUUUAAAUUGAAAACAUCCACCAGUUUAUUAAAUCGGGUAUUAGAAAUGUCCAAGUGUCCCAUUCCUCCGAAAACAGCCUUAGUUUUUUUGGCUGAAGGAGCCGAAGAAAUGGAAUUUGUUAUCGCUGCUGACGUUCUUCGUAGAGCCGGGAUUGGAGUAACAGUAGCCGGCAUUCCCGAUAACUGCCCAAUACUCUGUAGUCGUGACAUUGUGAUUAAACCCGAUAUUGGGAUAGCUGAAGCUUUAAAAAAGGACUAUGAUGCGUUGGUUUUACCUGGGGGAUUAGGUGGAUCCAAAGCGCUUUCUUGUUCUUUGGAAGUUGGAAAAAUGCUUAAAAAGCAAGAAGAAAGAGGAGAUGUUAUCGCUGCGAUUUGCGCAGCCCCAACAGCUUUAAAAGCACACAGCAUCGCAUUAGGAAAAAGAAUCACGUCUUAUCCGACAGUUAAAGAGCAACUGAUCGAAGGUGGUUUGUAUUCUUAUUUAGAAGAUAAAGUGGUAGUUGAUUCGAAUGUUAUAACAAGUAGAGGACCUGGUACCGCUUAUGAUUUUGCUUUGGCAAUUGUUGAGAAAUUAGUUGGAAAAGAAAAAGCAAGCGAAGUUGCUAGAGCAAUGUUAAUUAAAUAUUAACAAUAAAAUUGAGGUUAUGUUAAAAAAUUUUGACAGAUGUCAAAUUAUUUAUUACAUAUAAAAAUAGAUUUUUUUCAAUAUAUUUAUGAAUAUUCUUUGAGUAAAUUUCCUGCGAUAACUAA